GGGAAGAAGUUUUUCCUGUCCGGAGUCGUGUGACGCGAGUGGGCAGGCAGGGGCAGACUGCGAGCCGCUCUACCUCCACUGAACUUCCGCGCGAGGUCUCCGUCAUGUCGGUGUCGCCGCUCCGCCGCGGACGGUGAUGUCAACGCCGCAACCGAAAGUCCGCGACGGCGACGACGACGACACUCUCGAAGUCGCGACGGCCACUUGUGGCGUUCCACACGGCGCAUAACAAACGGCGUCACGCGACUCGCACGUCCGCGGAGUGAUGGUACGCGCGCGCACACCGCUCUAGCUCGACUCCGGUUCCGGUUCUGCCGCGCCGGCUGUGCGGAUGCCGCGGCCGUGCGGCCGCCCGAGGCCACUCGUCGGUUCGGGGUCGCCGCGACGACUCGCCUAGACGCGCGUCGAGCCCACCGCAGCGCACCGCACCGCACCGCACCCCACCCGACCCGUACCCGGGCAGGAGAGCAUGGUCGACCAAGAGGAGCUGGAGGAGCGGCUGAAGAAACUCCUGGUGCGGCUGAGGACGCCGCAGAGAGACCGACAACUGUGCACGCUGAUUCAGAUCGUCCAGGAUCUGCUGCUGCUGGCGCACGCCGACCACGCAGCCGGACUGUUUGAAGACAAAGAUGUCCACGUCCCCCUCAUGGCAGUGCUGUCAUCCUACAGGAACAGCAGAGGAGUCCAGCAGGUGGGCUGGUCGCUGCUGUGUCGGCUGAUUGAAAUAUGCCCCGGUGCGCUGGACCAGCUGACCAGACCUCUGCACGCAGCCAAUGACUGGGAGGCACUGGGAGUGCACCAGCAGAUCCUGAAGGUGCUUUGUCUGUACAGCAGCGACUGCAGAGUGACCAUGGUGGGACUCCGGGCCCUGGCGCUUCUGCUCCGAUCAGACAUCAUCGCUCUGCUGGUGCUCGAGGAGGAAGAGGAUGUGUUUGGCGUGGUGGUACAGGCGAUGAAGAUGUAUCCCACCAGCGAAGAAGUGCAGCUCCACGGCUGCGGAGCUCUGCGAUUCCUCCUGCAGAGAGUGAGUGACGAGCACCUCGUGGAGUUUGUGGAGAUCCAGGACCAUUGUGUGGUCUUGGCGGCUCUCCAGAGGUUCCCACACAGCUCCGAGCUGCUCCUGCAGGCCAUGAAAGUGCUGCUCCCACUGGCUCGUCCUGGCAGUAACGUGGAGAUGUUGAUGUCCGGAGGCGCCCGGUGCUACAGCGUGAUCAUUGUCGCCAUGGACACCUUCCCCGAGGUGGAGGAGCUGCAGGAGACGGCCUGCUGCCUGUUCAGAAAGUUUACAUCAGAGAGCUACUACAACAUCCUAGUGCUGAACGGCGUCCAGAGGGUCGCGGUGAGAGCCUGUCUGACUUUCCCCAACAAUGCCACGCUGCAAGCGGCCGCUCUCUCCUGCCUGGCUGACCUCACCGCGACCAUAGUGCAGAACAAAGAGGUGGCUGAGCAGGGUCUGGAGAAAGGAGAGGAGGAGGAGAAGAGGGGUAGAGAGGAGGUGGAGGACAUGGGCCUCGGGUGGAUGGAGGCGUGCUGCGUGGCGCUGGAGCUCCACGCUGCCGAGCCCGCGGUUCAGGAAAGUGCAAGCUGGGCCAUUCACAAUCUGUUACUGCAUGGAGCUGGAGUGAACUUGUUAGGAGAGGAGCAGGAAAAGAGGACUCCCGUUCACAGACAGUUGAUGGCGGCCAUGCUGCUGCACUCCUCCUCUCCCAGCGUGUUUAAAGCUGCCACCAGUGCUAUCGCCACGCUCAUCACCCACAACAGUAAAAUGCGUUCUCUGCUGCUGUCCAGUGGCCUCCACGUCAACCUCGUUGAGAUGAUGAAGAGACAUAUAACCUCAGCAGAGGUCUCCAUCAGCGCCUGCAACCUGCUCAAGCUGCUCUUCCAGGGAAGGACUGCCAGUCUGGAUGAGACGAACAUGGCCAUGAGUCAGAUCCUCAACACCAUGAAGGUCCACAACUUCCAGCCGGAGGUACAGCUGGAGGCUCUGCAGGCCAGCCUGGUCUUCCUCUGCCCAGAUAGGAGUUUAAGGGAGCACGGCAUCUCGGUCGCAGAUCCCGACUUGGCCGACGUGUCGCUGAAAGUCCUGAAGAACCAGUGUGUGGUGGAAGGAGCUCACACCCUCUACCUGGAGGUUCUGAACAGGUUCAUCAGCAGCUCGAACAUACAGAAGUGUGGCCUGAAGGUGUUGUCUGCGCUGGCCGACUGCUCCGGUGCAGUGGACCUGCUCUGCCAGCAGGGGGCCAUAGACACAGUGCUACAUACACUACAGAUGUUCCCACAGGAACGAGAGAUACACUACUGGGGCCUGACCCUGCUCAACUACCUCGUAGCCAAGAAGAAGCUGUCGAGGAUGAUCGUGCCUGUCCUGGCCUCUGUCGUCGUCGUUUCACUCGUCCAGUAUCGUCAAGACGCUGAGAUGCUCCUGAAGUGUUUUCAGGUGGCUUUGAGGAUGCUUGAUGCCUGCUCGGGAGCGGCGGCUGAGCUGCAGAGAGAAGACUUUGACAGGCAGAUCUUCCAACAGUUCCGAGAGGAGACUCCAGACCAGAGCAGCAGCCCGCUGCGGAAGUCAGUCUGUCUUGCCCUGUCCAAGAUGUGGUGUGACUCGGAGCUACAUUACAGCAUGCUAGAAAAGGCCUGCGAGGACGGAGACACGACAAUGGCAGAGUGUCUGAUGGAGCUGGGCGCCGACGUCAACAGGAAGACGAAAGCAGAGUCACUCAUCUACCAGGUGUGUGAGAGAGGCGGACCUCUGGAACUGGUGGAGCUCCUGAUCAGUCGCGGCGCACAUGAGCAGCACCUCCGCAGGGCCCUGGCUGUGAGCGUGAAGCAGUGCGAUGGGCCCAUGGUCAUUCAGCUGCUGGGCCGUCUGGGUCUGGACCUCAAUAACAGUGCCCUCUGCCUGGGGGGCUUCAAGCUAGGCCGCGUUGACCCCGCCUGGCUCGGCCCUCUGCUGGCCGAAAGAGGAAGGGCGCAAACUCUUCGUUGCAACGGUAAAGGUAUGAGUUUGGCAAGGUACAUUCAGUCCCUCCAGAAAUCCAAGAGCAUCAGUGGUCCAUCCAGGUCCAUGGCCGACCCCUGUCUGACCUCUGGCUACAUCUCUGAUGAGAGUGACGACUCCAUCUUCAGCCUUGUCUCCAUGGACGACGGCCUGAUUUUCACCGACGACAUGGAGAGCGACGGGAGUGAGUCACUCUCGGGGGCUUUGUCUCCAAAACCGCACAGUAAUUCAACCGAGGAGCUGAAGUGGGGGUCCUUGAAAAGCAAGCAGAUGCGCCGCAGACAUGCCAGUGCAGAGAGUGGUCAGAUGGAGAACGAACACAGUGAGCCUUUACACAGGCUAUAUGGAAGGACGUGCUCCACCCAAAAACCGCUGGGGUCUGGUGGUGAAAGCUCCAUCGCUCUGCCCAGAGAGAGGGAGAGGAUCCGCCUGCUGGACCUGUCGGGGAAUGAGUUGGACUCCCUGUCUUGUUUGAUGGACAACGGCUUUGUGCAGGAGCAGCUGGGGCAUCUCCUUCGCCUCGACCUGAGCCACAACAGUCUGCUGGAGUUUCCCCCAGCUCUUUGCCAGAGUUUGAACAGUUUGACUCGACUGGACCUGCAGGGCAACCAGCUCCAGUCGCUGCCAGCGGAGCUGCUGUCCCUGCCCUCGCUUGGCGCGCUGAACGUUUCUCGUAACUCUGUGGGUCCCCUGCUGACCUUCGACCCCGCCGUCUCCUGCCCAUCGCUGCGGCAGCUCAACUUGUCCUUCAACAAAAUUGCCACGUUUCCUCACGAGCUGGGCCGCGCCAUGGAGCGACUAGAGGAGCUGUUCAUGGAAGGGAACAGUAUAACCGAGCUGUGCACGCCUCUGUACCUGCCGGAGGUCAAGCUGCUUGACGUGAGCAAGAACAGCGUGGAGAAUAUUUCUCCGGACUUUCUGACCGGCUGCUCCAAACUGGAAACCUUCAAUGCCUCCUUGAACAAAAUCUGUUCCUUGUCACAUCUGCCUUCCAAGGUCAUGACAUUAAAACUAGCAAACAACAACUUCACCUAUGUUUCUGAAACUAUACUUGACCUCGCGAACCUGAGGUCCCUGGACAUGAGAACCAACCAAAUUGCCAUUCUUCCCGGCCCCGGAUUCUGGGCGUCCAUCAACCUCCGAGAGCUGAUGUUCAGUCAGAACUGUAUCGCGGCUCUGGAUCUGAGCGGACCGAUCAACAAAUGGAGCCGACUGGAGAAGCUGCACCUGAGCGACAACAACCUCAGCGAGAUUCCUCCAAACAUCGGCCUCUUGGACGGCCUGACCUCUCUGGACGUGAGCCGCAACUCGAACCUGCGGUCCUUCCCUGAUGAGAUGGGGAAACUCAGCAGACUGUGGGACCUGCCGCUGGACGGCCUCAGGCUCCAGCUGGACCUCAAACUCAUUGGCAGCAAGACCAAAGACAUAGUCAGGUUCCUGCAGCAGCGGCUGAAGAAGGCAGGGCCGUACUACCGGAUGAAGCUCAUCGUGGUGGGGAACGCCAGCAGCGGGAAGACCGCCCUGAUUCAGCAGCUGAUGAAGCUGAAGCGGUCCCAGCUGAACUCCAAGAGGGCCACCGUCGGCAUUGACGUCGGGGAUUGGACCAUCGGUGAACGGGACAAGAAGAAGAUGGUGCUGAACGUCUGGGACUUCUCAGGUGGGGAGGAGUUCAGCGGCUCUCACCCUCACUUCCUGACUUCGAGAGCUCUUUACCUGGUGGUUUACGACCUCAGCAAAGGAGCGGGUCAGGUGGACGCCCUCAAACCCUGGCUCUUCAACAUCAAGGCGGUAGCUCCUUUCUCCCCGGUCAUCCUGGUGGGGACCCACACGGACGUGAGCGACGAGCAGCAGCUUCAGGACUGCCUGACCAGGAUCAGGACGGAGCUGCUGACCCACCAGGGUUUCCCCGCCAUCACGGACUACCACGUGGUCUCCGUCUGCGAGGACUCGGACUCUAUGGCCAGACUCCGCAAGGCCAUCGCCAGAGAGGUCGCCGGCUUCAAGAUCCAGGGCCAGCCUGUGAUGGGCCAGCUGGUUCCAGACAGCUACGUGGAGCUGGAGCGUCGCAUUCUCCUGGAGAGGAACAGGGUUUCCCCAGAGUUCCCCGUGCUCAGGCGCCCGGAGCUGCUGCAGCUCAUCCAGGAGAGUCAGCUGCAGCUGGAGGAAACUGAGCUCCCGCACGCCGUCCACUUCCUCAGCGAAGCCGGGAUUCUAUUGCACUUCGACGAUCCUGCACUUCAGCUGCAGGAUCUGUACUUUAUCAACCCACAGUGGCUGUGCAACAUCAUCUCCCAGAAACUGACCAUAAAGAGCUGUGGCUUCUGGGAGCAUCCCAAAGGAACUGUGCAGCGCUCGGUGGUGGAAAAGUUCCUGUUUGAGACCCGAUGUUUCCCCAAGAGCCACAUGGUGCAGUUCUUCAAGCUUCUGGAGAAGUUCCAGAUCGCGCUGCCUUUUGGAGAGGACCAGCUGCUGGUGCCAAGCAAUUUGUCCAAGCACAGGCCAGUAAUAGAGCUGCCUCACAGUGAGAACUCUGAGGUUAUUGUGCGUCUUUACGAGAUGCCAUACUUCCCCAUGGAUUUCUGGUCUCGACUAAUCUGCCGCCUGCUGGAGGUUUCUUCUUACUUGCUCUGCGGAAGAGAGAAACUUGUGCGACCCAACCGCAUCUACUGGAGGAGAGGCAUUUACCUGAGCUGGUGCCCUGAAGCGUACUGUCUGGUGGAGGCGGCCUCAGAGGAGGGAAAUCCCUCCAGCUUUGUCAGAAUAACUGUGCCCUCUUCACAUAAAGGCCGGGUGUUACUGGGUCAGGUUGUGGAUCACAUCGACUCCCUGCUGGAGGAAUGGUUUCCUGGCCUGCUCAACAUGGACAUGCACGGCAGCGGCGAGGCCCUGCUGAAGAAGUGGGCCCUGUACAGCUUCGACGAUGACCAGGAGUGGAGCAAGAUCCUGCUGGAGGACCUCUUCACCUACUUUGACAACGAUUUUCUGCUGGUGAGUCCAGAGGACCCCCGGUGCACACUGCCCAUCUCUCAGGUGGCCCCCGACUUAGUCCUCAGUGAUCAGCCUGCAGGAACAAUACUGGACAGUGAAGAGCUGGAUGUGAACCUAUCUAAGGAAAACCAACUGGGGGACGGUGGCUUUGGAACCGUCUAUCGAGGAGUUUACAAAAAUGAAGAUGUAGCCGUGAAGAUAUUCAACAAGCAUGCAUCUGAGCUUUACAUCUACAGACUCCUCAGACAGGAGUUGGCGGUGUUGGGUCGCCUCCGUCACCCCAGCUUGGUGAGCCUGCUGGCAGCAGGUGCCGCUCCUCAGGUCCUGGUGAUGGAGCUGGCUCUGCGCGGCUCACUCGACUCCCUUUUUGAGCAUAAGAACGGCAGUCUCAACCAGAAGCUCCAGCACAGGAUCGCCCUGCAAGUAGCCGACGGACUCAGGUACCUUCACUCGGCCAUGAUCAUCUAUCGGGAUCUGAAGCCGCACAACGUGCUUCUGUUCAACCUGAAGACCGACUCCGAGAUCAUUGCCAAAAUCACGGACUACGGCAUCGCCCAGUACUGCUGCAGUAUGGGAGUCCGAAGCGCAGAGGGCACUCCAGGUUUCCGAGCGCCGGAGGUUGCCCGGGGUAACGUGAUCUAUAACCAGCAGGCUGAUGUGUUCUCGUUCGGCCUGCUGCUCUACGACCUCCUGACCUGUGGUGAGCGCAUCACCGACGGCAUGAAGUUCCCCAGUGAGUUUGAUGAGGUUGCAGUGCAGGGCAAACUGCCAGAUCCAGUGAAACACUACAGUUGCUCACCUUGGCCGGGCUUCCAGGCGCUGAUGAAGGACUGUCUGAGGGAAAGUCCACAGGACCGGCCCACUUCUGCUCAGGUGUUCGACAUGCUGAAUUCGGGGGAGAUGCUGUGUCUGAUGAGGGAGCUGGUCGUUCCCCACGCGUUCAAUGCCGAGUGCGUCGCUGUGAGCUCUGGCAGCAGUGACUGUCCCUUCACCAGCAACAGAGCCUGGCUGGGAGGGGGCAGCAGCACCCAGAAGGUGGGCUCCAUUACGUCAGUGGACCUGGACACCAACGCGGCCACUACACAGGCGAUCGACACCAGUCCCGUCCUGUGUCUCGUGACGGUCCAAAUCCCAAACGAGGCCUGUGAUUGGCUGGUGGCCGGCACCCAGUCGGGCUCCUUGGUGGUCAUCAGCACUCAGGACAUGUCAGCCUGGCACCACCUGCAGAGCGUCACCGAUGCCGUCACCUCACUGUACUUCCACGUACACCCCUGUCGAACCCAAAGAAAGAGUUACCUGCUGGUCGGGACAGCCAAUGGAGUUCUCAGUGUUUAUGAGGACUCUGUGCUCCAGGUGGACAAAGGCCGGCCGGUGAAAACGGUCUCAGUGGGAAACGUGAACACGCCCGUCAUGUGUCUGGGCCAGUCGGCGCAUUCCCUGGACAGCAGGGCCGUGUGGGCCGGCUGCGGCACCAGGGUCCUCUCUUUCGCCGCCGACUACGAUGUCUGCAAAAACAUCGACACCAGACUGAGCCUCUCAUUCCAGCAGCGGCCACUGGUUGGUGAGGCUUGUGUGUCUAGAAUGGUUGUGGAUAAAUACGUGUACCUGAGCAAAGCCGGGUCGCCGACGGUCGAGGUCUGGGACAAGAGGAGUGAGAGGAUGGUCGACUGCAUCGAUUGUGCUCAGAUCAUCAGAGGCAGGAAGGGCGGCGAAGCAGAGCUGCCCGCCGACGCAGCUCCCUCCUGGGCCAGAGUGAAGGCCCUGCUGGUGCAGAGCGCCGCAACCCUCUGGAUCGGCACUAGGGGGGGACACCUGCUACUGCUGGAGCUCUCCAAACACCAGCCGCUGCAGGUCAUUGGCCCCCGCUGCGACUCCACCCGCUGCAUCGCCUCUGCGCUCAUAGCAACUCUAAACUGGAAGAAUGUGGUGCUGGUUUUGGGCCGGAGACACCUACGGGACAAGGAUCAGUGCGACGAGGAGUCGGUGCUGAUGGUGUGGAACAGCGCCAUGCCGAAGGAGGUCAGGGACCUGAGCAGACACUGUGAGAGGAGGGGGCAGAUCGCGGCCAGAAUGAGUGAGCAGCUGCAGCACAUCUGAGCCCAUAGGGUUGAACUGCUUGUGGCAAAGGGAUCAAGUCUCCGGCGGGUCGCUGUGACAGCGGGGAGUUUGACCCUAAUGUUCUGACAGCCAUACGUAAUGAGGGGAGCACGGUGUAACCGAAUCAAUCGCACGCAUUUGAUUCGAGAAAUCAGAAGGAAAAAAUUUUUAUGCGCACUUAUGAAAUAAUGUGACACAUUUUACCAGAUGGAAGACAAAUCUUUGUAAAGAUAAAAACACUUUUCUAAAAGGGACACAGAUGAUGUAGUUUGUGUUGUUAUCAGAGCGGAACGAUUGUGGACGUUCAGGACGACGACCUGCAUGUUUGUUUACCUGUAGUAUGAUUUAAAAAGCAAAAACAAAUAUGGAAACAAAGCCAAAGGAAACAAAAGCCUAUCAAAUGUAAAUGUGAUUUAUUUAUUCUCAUGUACGUGUGCUUGUUUACCAGUGAGCUCAGUCACUCCACGUCAGACGUUCUCGUAAUGCUGCCUGCUUUCUACACCUUUUUUUUAAUGACGUGUUAACUAAAGUCACUUUGUUUGUGACGGUGUCAAAACAAAUGAAAUUAAAUGAUAUUUUAUGUACUGA